GAUUUGACAGUGUCGUGUUUAUAAAGUUAAUUUUAUUGUGCACAGUACAUAGUUGUUUAUGUUAUGGGCUAAAUUUUACAAUAAUGUGAUACGAGUGUGUAUCAAUUUGUUUUAUGGAACUAACCUCGAUUUAAGUGCUGAAAAUAUAUUACAAGUCGUUUAACAUUGUAACAUAACCUGUUCAUAAAAAUGGGAGGUGGUGAUCUAAACUCCAAGAAAUCAUGGCAUCCGAAUACUUUGAAAAAUCAGGAGCGUGUUUGGAAGGCGGAGCAAGCUAGUGCAGAAGAGAAAAAGCGGAUCCUAGAGCUGCAGAGAGAGCGGGCCGAGGAGCGUGACCGUGCGGAGCUCAACGACCUCGCUAAACGCACAGCCGGAGGCUCUGGAACUAAUGACAAUCGCUUGCAUUGGAUGUAUGAUAAACCUGAUAAAAAGGUACAGCAAGAAGAUUUUCUCCUUGGCAAAGCCAUUGACAGUAACUAUGAGGCAGAUAAAGUUGAACCAGACUACAUCCCUGCAGUGGCUCGGAGGGUGGUGGGCUCCAGCAUGUUGGCCAGCGUGGGUGAUGCGCAGGUCGACCUAGCGAGGAAGAUGCGAGAGGAUCCACUGAUGCUGGUGAAAGAAAGGGAGAGAGCUGCUCGGGCGGCCCUGUUGAAUAACCCUCUGCAAAGACGUCGCUUAGCAGAGUUGCUUAGGAAAGAACAGGAACAGAGAAAUCAAAAAAAGGAAAAGAAAAAACCAAAGAAAGACAAAGAUUUGGACAACAUGUUAGCGGCUAAACUCACCGCGAUGGGUGAAAAACAAAUCGACCUAGCGGCACUAUUAGCCUCUAACGAUUCCAGCUCCGAUUCCUCCGAGGAGGAGCAUAAAAAAUCCAAAAAGAAACACAAAAGGUCAAAAAAACAUAAAAAGGACAAAAAGAAGUCAAAACGUGACGAUUCCAGCGGAGUUUCCUCUGACGAAGAGGACAUUAAGAAGUCUAAGCGUACAACUCGCGUCGAACGUAGCCGGUCCCCUAAAAUGAUAAGCGGAAACCUAAAGGCGCAUCAUCGGGGCGACAGCCCGAACGAUUCAGAUCACGAACACGGUAGCGAGAGAUAUAGAAGGCCCGAGAGAGCCGAAACGAGAUCGGACAGAGACGGCUACGGCCGGAUGCGGCGGAACAGCGCCGAACGCGAGAGGUCGCCCGACCGCGACCGGCGGCGGAGACGACCGUCGGAGGAGCGGGCGCCCGGACGAGACCGAAGGCCGCGCUCGCCCGACCGCCGCAGGCGGCCCGCGGCCGGGAGCGCGGCCCGAGCGGGCCGGGCGCCCGGAGCGGGCACAACAAGCUCGGCGGGCAUGAGCGCGGAGCGGCGCGCGGCCGCGCUGGCCGCCAUGUCGGCUGCCGGCGCCGAGCGCGAGCAAGAGCGGGGGCGCCGCGUGGCCGCCCAGCGCGCCGCCGCCGCCGCCGACGACGCCGAGCGUCGCCCGCGCCCGCGCGCGCUGCGCACCGAGGCGCACGCGCUGCCCGACUCGCUAGAGAGCCGCAUCCACUCCAACCGGCAUUACAUCCAGCGGGACCGCACGCACAUGGACAAGCCUUUUGCGCGCAGGUGACCAUCUUAUUAAAAGAGAAAAGGGCUCAGCGAACUGGUGAAGUGCAUCGCAGAUCGUCGAGGAGGAUUUCCCGUGUGCAGCUCGUGAGGGAAUAUCCGUCACGAUCUCACGAUACCACCGGAGAGCGCGAGAGGUGGCCGCCGCCGCGGUAACCUUACCUACAGGUUACCGCGGCGGCGUUAAAGUUCCCGUCGUCCGCCGAGUGGCAACAAGUCUCCCCUGCCGCGGGUCGCUAGCCGUUGUCCCGGCUAUAUAAACUCGAGCCCGGCCUGAUUGUUGUUGGCUCCAAAUAUUUGCAACCGCCCAAUGCCUCAUUAAAAAGCGAAGUCAUGCGAUUGGAAUUAAGAUAAGUUUUGACACUAUGUGUAAUUACGAUUAAAAUUGAUUUAGAAGAA